AUGACGACGCUUACCGUCUAUUUUGCUCUAUCACCUACUUCAGUUUCCUCAUCGUCGUCAUCAUCCUCACCGGCCGUAACAAGUCGGUCAUUUCAAAUGAUUUCAAAUCGAAUAAAGUCAAAACCAAUACCAGUACCAAUUGUACCAACGGCUAGUCCAUCGUCAUCGUCAUCAAUUCCAACUCCAACUGAAAAACAAACAUCAUCAAAAAGAAAUAAAACAUUUUUCGAAAGAUUUAAUCAAACACUAUCAACAUCAAUAUCAUCAACAUCAUCACAACAACAACAACUGCUAAGUGAUUUAUCAAAUUCAUCUAGCGAUCCACAGUCUCGUUUACGUCGACGAUUUACAUUUCGUCGUAGUCUACGACAAUCAGUGCAGAACAAAGGGAGAGAUAUUGAUGAUGGAAUAAGUUAUAACAGAGACGUUUCCUAUCAUCCAAAAUGCCGUCCACAAUGGAGUGGUACAACUUAUCUGACUAACAGCACUUUCGAUGUGGAUGGUUCAUCAUCAUCGCGUGGUAUCCUUAAUUCUCAUCAUAAUAUAUCAUCAACAUCACCCCAUUUUCAUCAACAUAAUACACAAAAUGCAAUCAAUAAAACAACAACAACAGCAACAGCAACGAAUGCAACAAAUUCUAGUGGAAUGCAUAGACGCGAAUCAUUUUUAUAUAAGUGUGACAGUGAUAAUGAUCUUUCACCAAAAUGUAUCUCGCGCAAUCCGUCCAUCGGAUCAGAAUUGCAUCAGGAUGACAUGAUCGUUACACCAUUUGCUCAGCUUCUUGCCAGUCUUAAAAAUGUACGAAAAAAUUUCGUCGACCUUACUCAUAUACCCCCCGAAAGGGCUAAAAGAACGAAUCAACUUAGUAUUGCUCAAGCUGCUAUAUCCAAUUUUAAUAAAACACUGAUAACAACAGCAUCAGAUGACAGUUCAUUGUCACAAGCAAUUUCUACAUUAGAAGAACUUGAUUGGUGUUUAGAACAGUUAGAAACAAUGCAAACACAUAAAUCUGUUUCUGAUUUAGCCUCGCUCAAAUUUAAGCGUAUGCUCAAUAAAGAAUUAUCCCAUUUUGCUGAAAAUAAUAAAUCCGGAGCGCAAAUUAGUGAUUAUCUAUAUUCAACUUAUACCGACAAAAAGGAACCCGAUGUUGAUUUAUCCCGUGGUCUACAACUUGAUGAAUUAACAACAGUUACAACAACAAAAACACUUGAUACAUCAAUGUCAUCAGCGACAUUGAUGGGUCAAAUAGCUGGUAUACAACCAGCAACAUUUACAAUAAUGAGCCCCAUACCUGAACUGGGUGUUGAUACACAUCAUGUUGAAGAAUUACGUUCAGCACUUAAUCAUAUUAACGAUUGGGGUUUAGAUACAUUUCGCAUAGAGGACUUAAGUGGUCAACGACCAUUAACCGUAAUAACAUAUCGAAUAUUUCAAGAACGUUCGCUUUUACGAACCUAUGGUAUUGAACCACAUACACUAAUAUCGUAUUUACUCACACUCGAAGAUCAUUAUCAAUCAGUACCUUAUCAUAACAAAGCUCAUGGAGCUGAUGUUUGUCAAUCCAUGCAUGUAUUGCUCAAUGCCUCGGCACUUGAUGGCGUAUUUACUGAAUUGGAAAUAAUGUCAGCCAUAUUCGCAUCAGCAGUUCACGAUGUUGAUCAUCCCGGUGUUACAAAUCAGUUUUUAAUAAAUACAAAGAGUGAUUUAGCCUUAAUGUAUAAUGAUGAAAGCGUCCUUGAAAACCAUCAUUUAGCUGUAGCAUUUAAACUAUUGCAAGCUGAUGAACGAAAUAUAUUUUCACAUUUGACAGCCAAACAAAUAAAAACUCUACGAAAAAUGGUUAUUGAUAUGGUUUUAGCAACCGAUAUGUCUAAACAUAUGCAAUUAUUAGCUGAUCUUAAAACAAUGGUCGAAUCAAAAAAAGUUACAGGAAAUAAUAUAAUUAUGCUCGAAUCAUACGAUGAUAGAAUUCAAGUCCUACAAAAUAUGAUACAUUGUGCUGAUCUAUCAAAUCCAACGAAACCACUAGAUAUUUAUAUCAAAUGGACCGAUCGUAUAAUGGAAGAAUUCUGGAGGCAAGGUGAUAAAGAACGUGAUCUUGGCUUAGAAGUUUCACCUAUGUGUAAUAAACGUGUAGCUAGUGUUGAAAAACAUCAAGUUGGCUUUAUUGAAUUUAUUGUACAUCCAUUGUGGGAGACAUGGGCCGAUUUAGUUUAUCCCGAUGCAAGUGCUAUUCUAGAAACACUAGAACAAAAUCGAGAUUGGUAUCAGGCUCGUCUUUCGCCUCCUUCAUCAUCAUCAACAGCAAUAAAUCUAUCAAAUUCUUCUCCUCCGCUUUCAGCACCAACUAUAGCAACAACAACAACAACAAUGUCAUCAUCAAAUGAAGAAGAUUCUCUACAACCAGUAUCUUCACAAUCAUCAUUGUUAAAUGCAGUAUCAGUUGAUACGGUUAUAUCAACGUCAGUAAAUACAGUUUCAACCGGUGAUCAACUCAUUCCCACGUCUGCUUCUGUAUUAUCUUCGACUUCGUCAUCCAUAUCUCGAACAGCAUCGUCGACAAUGGCCAGUAGUGGUAGUGCUGGGGAAUUUCAAAUGACGGUGACACCAGCCACAUUCUAA